AUGGCUGCCUCCAGGUGGCUGUGCGCGGUUCUACUGUUUCUGUGUGCAUCGGACCUUCUGUUGCUCCCUCCUCCUGAAGCCUACGCGGCAGACACUCCGGGCGAGGCCACCCCACCUCCACGGAAAAAAAAGGAUAUCCGCGAUUACAACGAUGCCGACAUGGCGCGACUUCUGGAGCAGUGGGAGAAAGAUGAUGACAUAGAAGAAGGAGACCUUCCAGAACACAAGAGACCCUCGGCACCUAUCGACUUCACCAAGCUAGACCCAGGCAAACCUGAGAGCAUCUUGAAAAUGACAAAGAAAGGGAAGACUCUGAUGAUGUUUGUCACAGUCUCGGGGAACCCCACUGAGAAGGAGACAGAGGAAAUCACCAGCCUGUGGCAGGGUAGCCUGUUCAACGCCAACUAUGAUGUUCAGAGGUUCAUCGUGGGAUCAGACCGCGCCAUCUUCAUGCUCCGGGAUGGGAGCUAUGCCUGGGAGAUCAAGGACUUUUUGGUCAGUCAAGACAGGUGUAGUGAAGUCACUCUAGAGGGGCAGACGUAUCCUGGCAAAGGAGGAGGAAGCAAGGAGAAAAAUAAAACAAAGCCAGAGAAGAGUAAAAAGAAGGAGGGACGGAGCUACCGUUUGAGGUCGGGACUGGAGGAACUAGGACGAGGCAGGGUUCGGUAG